AUGGGUGGAAGGACGGAAACAGGAGGAGGCAGGCUGAGAGCAGCAGAAGCGGGGGGCGAUGCAGCCACAUCACGGCACGAGGACGGCCAUGAGACACCAGCGGCAAGAGAAGAAGCGGCAGAGAGCGACGCAGCAGGGUGCUUGCAGGGAGAGGGGAUGACGACUGGUAGUGGGGAUACGGAGGGAGUGAUUGGUGGAGAGAGUGAUGAGGGGCGUGCUCAGAUAGGGGCUGCAAUGCUGGAAGGGCAGAAUGGAUGGAAGGGACAGGCGUGGGCACGUGGGUUUGGGGCAGCAGGGGGAGGCGAGUGGGCGGUGGUGCAGCAGCAGUUGGAGCAGUCGGGGUUGCUUGCCCGCUCGCCCACGCCACAACAGCUCCAGGUGUGUCUGGUGGUGUGGCUGGUGGAUAUGCAUAUUGACUCUCGGCACCUCUCCAUCUUCGCUGCUAUAGAUGAGGAGGUGAAAAGUGCAGCAGCGUAA